AUGAAUGACCGAAAUGUGAUUGGAGUUGCGAGCUUUCUAAAUGAGUCUGCCCGCUACUCAGAUCUAGCUCUCUUCGAAGAAAAGUUGGCACCGGGUGCUCUUGGUCAAAACAUGACGGUAGUCUCCAUCAACGGGGCUCCGAGUGAUCAAAGUCCUGGGAGCAGUACCGAGGCAAAUCUGGAUAUUCAGUACGUCAUAGAUAUGGCAAAUGUGAUUAUCGCAAACGCUUCCCUCUUAAUAUUUGAGACGUGCUUAGCAAGUCAUAGAAUCCUCGUUCCAGAGUACGACCACCCAAGUCUACACGGAAGUAACGAGCCAUAUCUAGAUCUCUUGAGACACCUACUUAGAUUGCCAAAGGAAGAGCUCCCUUCGACGAUCUCAGUAUCAUAUGGAGAAGACGAACAGAUGGUGCCGAGAUCGUACGCCCGACAGACAUGCUUCGUGAUAGCUCAGCUUGGUGCUCGUGGUACCUCGGUCAUCGUCGCAUCAGGGGACAAAGGCGUAGGAACAGCGUGUAUGAAAAACGACGGUUCUAACAUGACGCAUUUCCCACCGCAAUUCCCAGGUGCUUGCCCAUGGGUUACGUCAGUCAGUGGAGUGCGUUACAUCGACCCUGAGCAAGCAGUAUGUUUUUCCUCUGGCGGCUUUUCCGAUCUUUGGCCUAGGCCAUCGUAUCAACAGGAGGCAGUAGAAGAUUCUCUCCAGACGCAACUCGGCGACCGACAAAAGGGACUUUUUGACCCUCAUGGGCGUGCAUUUCCAGAUUUGUCCGCCCAAUCAGUCAGAUAUAUCACCGCUGAUGCCGGCCACAUGAUUUAUGAAGAUGGUACCAGCUGUGCAGCCCCAACCUUCGCUGGAAUCAUCGGUCUUUUGAAUGCCGCUCGCAUUUCCUCACAUCUUCCACCUUUUGGAUUUUUGAACCCUUGGCUUCAUAGUGUUGGAAAGAAGAGUCUGAAAGAAAUUGUACAUAUAGGAAGUACAGGAUUUUAUGGUCAUUUUCGCUUCGAGGAGGGUUUAAAUGGUAGUCCAAUCGUACCGUAUGCCUCUUGGAAUGCUACACCCGGUUGGGAUUCAGUAACAGGUUUAGGCACUCCGGAUUUCGGAUAG